UUCUGUAGAGGUCCCAUGAAAGGUCUUGGGAUGCCUGGCACGGGGGCGCGUAUCAAGCGAAAACCUCUUAGAUGUCAAUGGAAGGUGGCAUCACUUCCGUUUUUGGUGCGAAAGGCGACCCCGGCAAAGGCCCGGGCGGAUGCCCCGGUGGCCCAGGCGGAUGCCCCGGUGGCCCGUGCGGCCCAAGUGGCCCGUGCGGCCCAGGAGGCCCGGCUGGCCCCACAGGUGGCCCAGGUGCCCCGGGUGGCCCAGGCGGCCCGGGUGGCCCAGGUGGCCCGGGCGGCCCAUGUGGUCCAUGUGGUCCCUGUGGCCCAUGUGGUCCAUGCGGCAUGGGAAAGGGCCCGAUGAAGGGCUCAGGGCCUGGCAAAGGUCCACCUGGCAAGCAAAAACUCGCGAUAUGCCAGUAUUGGAAGGAGGGACGAUGCAAUAGAGGUGAAAUGUGCUCGUACGCACAUGGAGACCAUGAGCUUCGAACUCCUGCUCCGCCAAUGCCACCGAUGGGCAUGAAAGGAGGCCCUCCCAUCGGCAAAGGUAUGGGGCCUGGGGGAAAAGGAGGUCCACCAGGUCCAGGACCAGGACCUGGAGGUGUUAUGCCACCUCCUCCGAUCCCGCAGAACCGAAAGACGCAGCUUUGUGUCUACUUCAAGGACGGUCGUUGCACACGCGGCAAUGCAUGCAACUACGCUCAUGGAGAGCACGAGCUGAUAGACAGAGGGCGUCCUCCAGAACGGCCUCCGCCUCCAGUUCGCCAUCCUGUUAACAGCAGAUUUGAUGUCAGAUCUGGCCCUCAGGUCCGUCCACCUCGUGAUUCGCGGCCUUCCAGAUCUAGGUCUCCAAGGCGACUGAAAAAGGUUGCCUUUGCUCGGUCAGAGACGCUAGUGGCCAUUGAUCGGUCAGACUGUGCCGUAGAUGGUCCGCCUGUUGAAGAGCCUGCAGCUGCACCAGAUGAGCCUGACCUUUCUGUCAAUGGGUCGUCCACGCAGAAAGUUGGCGAGGACGCCAAGGAGGAGAGUGCAAAGGUCGGAGAAAAUGGUGACGCUGCCAAAGAGGGCAUCCAAGUGGAUGUAGAGGCUGAGGUUGAUGGGGAACAGGAACGAGCCACUGCGCCGAAGGCUGCUGCUCCUCCUGCUCCUCCUGCUCCUGCUCCUCCUCCACCUCCAGUGCCAAUGUCGUAUCUUCUCAGUGAGGAUGGCGCGAACGAGCUGAACGAGCUCUAUGGCAUAGGCGCACAAUUGCUGCGCAGUAUGGGCUGGCACCCUGGAGUCGGAGUGGGAGCCAAUCUGGAUGGUGAGCUUGAGCCUGUAUCCGUCCAGCUACUUGGGUUACCCUCCACCCAUUAUGGCCGGAAGGAUCGUCGGUGUUUGGGAAGACGGAAACCCAAGCGCUUUCGAGACUCCGACGAGUCAAGUCCAUCGAGGACCCCAUCCUCAUCAUCCAGCAGAUCGACCAGCAAAUCAUCACAAAAAAGCUCCAAGAGCAGCAGUCCCUCUAGCAAAAAGAAAAAGAAGAGAAGGCGAAGAACUAAGCGGAAGAAGCAGUCGCGAAGCAGUUCAAGCAAGAGAUCGUCUGCUUCAAGCAGUAGUUCUUCAAGCAAAAGCAGGAAAAAGAAAAAAGGUAAAUUUACUUCGGAAGCGCCUGCUGGCAAUCCUGCUGGAGCAGCAGGUGCUGCAGCAGCCAAUGUCGCAGCGCCACCCCAGGCGGCAGUUGUUGAAGAUCCAGAAACAGCUCAAGCCAAAAAAAGAGUGCUGGCAAAGCUCACAGAGCUGCAGAAAGUGGAGCCCAAAGAGCAGCGAGCCAAGGAGUUUCGAAAUCUUUUGCGUGACUGGCAUCCAGACAAGAAUCCGGAGAAGAAGGACAUGGCAACAGCUGUUUUCCAGUUCCUCCAGAAGGGGAAGAGCUUGCUGAACCUCAAGUGAGGAGGUGCUGAAGCAGCCUCCAAGUCCUGUUAAUGAGAGCCGGAACUGCAGGCCACUACACAUCACGAUUUCUGACUCAAACUCCUUGGUACUAUUUUCCACCCACAACUGC